AACACGGCCAUGAAUUGAUUGGGAGAUCGCUCCUCUGGUCACCAUCUAUAAUCCAAAAAGGCUACCUUAUUACUGGAGAUAUGAACCAGCGCAAACAUUUGCUCGGCGUUGAACAUGAUCUAGGGUCAGCCGACAAUCAUUAAAACGACCGCAAUGCCAUCUCUCAACUUUCUUGACCUCCCCGGCGAAGUCCACCUCCAGAUCGGAAGGCUGGAGAUGCCUUCCGAGAUGGGAGGCCUCAUUCUCUCGUCACAGCUGAUACGAAAUGCAUAUUCUCGACCCUUUUAUCACACAAUCGCCUUCAGAGGAACGAAGGCGGAUCUAACGGGAAACCUAUGGGCGUCUAUAUACCAGCUCAUGCCGUCAACAGUGAGACCCUCCCUAUACUAAAACAAUAACUUGAGACGCAAUAUAUAACGCACUUCGAGGCUACGUUUUACACCCUCAGAUAUUCACCAUCUAGAUAUUUAGACUUAUAACUAAGAAAAUCCGAGCCACGGGACCCAGGGGUAUCCCUCCAAAUAAGAUUGGCAUUCUAGCACGAAAGCUCACGACCAAAGGAGGUAAAGAUAAUGAAGCAGCUGCAGCC